AUGUCAUCGUCCGGGAAAGACAACAGCGUUGCCCAGCACGCCAAUUACGUGGGACCUUAUCGUUUGGAGAAGACGCUCGGGAAAGGACAGACAGGGUUGGUAAAGCUUGGAAUUCACUGUGUGACAUGCCAGAAGGUUGCCAUAAAGAUCGUCAACCGCGAGAAGCUCAGCGAGUCGGUACUAAUGAAGGUGGAGCGAGAAAUAGCUAUUUUGAAGCUCAUAGAACACCCACAUGUUUUAAAGCUUCAUGAUGUCUAUGAAAAUAAAAAAUACUUGUACCUUGUGCUAGAACAUGUGUCUGGAGGUGAACUGUUUGACUACUUGGUGAAAAAAGGCCGGUUAACACCAAAAGAGGCCAGAAAAUUCUUCAGACAAAUUAUGUCUGCCCUGGAUUUCUGCCACAGUCAUUCAAUAUGCCACAGGGAUCUAAAGCCUGAGAACCUUUUGCUAGAUGAAAAGAACAACAUCAGGAUAGCAGACUUUGGUAUGGCCUCUCUUCAGGUUGGAGACAGCCUAUUGGAAACCAGCUGCGGAUCGCCACACUAUGCAUGCCCAGAAGUCAUAAGGGGAGAGAAGUACGAUGGGAGGAAAGCAGAUGUCUGGAGCUGUGGGGUCAUUCUUUUUGCUCUUUUAGUGGGUGCCCUGCCGUUCGAUGAUGACAACCUAAGGAAUCUUCUGGAGAAAGUGAAGUUGGGAGUGUUUCACAUGCCACAUUUUAUUCCUCCAGACUGUCAGAACCUUCUGCGUGGCAUGAUUGAAGUAGACGCAUCCAAAAGACUAACGUUAGAAAAAAUCCAGAAGCACUCAUGGUACAUUGGUGGCAAAAAUGAACCCGAGCCAGAGCAGCCUGUGCCCAGAAAGGUAACAAUCCGCAGCCUGCCUUCUGCAGACGACAUCGACCCAGACGUACUGGACAGCAUGCACUCCCUGGGCUGCUUCAGAGACAAAAACAAGCUCCUGAAAGACCUGCUCUCAGAUGAUGAAAACCAAGAGAAGAUGAUUUACUUCUUGUUACUUGACCGUAAGGAGAGGUACCCCAGUCAAGAGGAUCAGAACCUUCCUCCUCGCAACGAGAUUGAUCCUCCAAAGAAGCGGGUUGACUCUCCAAUGUUGAACCGUCAUGGGAAGAGGAGGCCAGAGAGGAAGUCCAUGGAGGUUCUGAGUGUCACUGACGGUGGUUCACCAGUACCAGCCAGAAGAGCCAUCGACAUGACACAACAUGGACAGAGUAACUCAGUGUACAGUAAAAGCUUGGAUAUUCCUGACGCCAGAACAAAAUGCAGCAAAGAAGAAAGGUCGAGGUCUAUUAGUGGAGCCUCUUCUGGCCUCUCCACCAGCCCCCUCAGCAGCCCACGGGUUACCCCUCACCCUUCCCCUCGAGGCAGCCCCCUCCCAACCCCAAAAGGCACUCCAGUGCACACUCCCAAGGACAGUCCUGCAGGAACUCCAACUCCCACACCGCCCCCAAGCCCAUCCAUUGGAGGUAUGCCUUGGAGGACGCGCCUUAACUCUAUCAAAAACAGCUUCCUCGGCUCACCACGCUUCCAUCGCAGGAAACUCCAAGUUCCUACGCAAGAGGAGAUGUCCAGCCUCACACCAGAGUCUUCCCCAGAACUUGCCAAAAAAUCCUGGUUUGGUAACUUCAUCAACCUGGAAAAAGAAGAGCAGAUCUUUAUUGUCAUCAAAGACAAGCCUCUCAGCUCCAUUAAGGCAGACAUUGUUCAAGCCUUCCUUUCGAUUCCCAGCCUGAGCCACAGCGUCAUCUCUCAAACAAGUUUCCGGGCAGAGUACAAGUCCACCGCCGGCCCCACAGUCUUCCAGAAGCCGGUCAAGUUUCAGGUGGACAUCACCUACACAGAGAGCACAGCUGCCACAAAAGAGAACGGCAUAUAUUCAGUUACUUUUACCCUGCUCUCAGGUCCAAGCCGACGUUUUAAGCGAGUAGUUGAGACGAUUCAGAGCCAGUUGUUAAGCACACAUGAUCAGCCUGGGGUCCAACAACUCUCUGGAAUUAUCCAGAAAACCUAUUAAAGUCCCUCCUCCUGCUCCAUGUUCCACUUGCCCUCCAACAACUACCCCAAUCCACCCCCUUCAAAUGUGCCAAGAGUGGAGGACUCCUCUUCAAGGGGUGCCGAAAAAAGACUUUCUCCUUCGACUUCACCCCAACUCCACCUUUGGCAUCCAUCAGUAGAAAGUAGAUGAAAGUCCUUUUAGUAUUUCUUCCAUAAUCUUUCAAGCACACACCUGCAAUCAUACUCUCCAAUCAUCAAAUGGCUCAUCUUCUUUUUUUUUAAGGGAUUAUUUUUUAUCCUAUUGAAAAUAAAGCACCAGUCAAAACACUCAAGGUACAGUAUACAAAAAAAUAUGGACAAAACACUCUGGGAUGUACCUAUGUUGAUGAAAAACAUAAAAUAAACCUACAAAAGACUUACAGAAAUGUGAGGAGGAGCAAAGAGAGAGCGUUGUUGCUGAAGUCCAAACAGCCAACACAGGCGUUUGCCGGAUUGUAUCCGUUUGCUUUGUAUUGUACUUUCUUUGUGAUGAACUGGGUUUGAAUUUUAAUUUUUAUUAGACUUGAUACAACUGCUGCAAAAUGGACUGAAAUCGUGAUUUCAGAGAGGACGUGGGUGUCAGCAAAACAGGCAACGGGGAAAUGGGGGAGAUAAAAUGAAAGUAUUGGGGGGAGGGUACAGGGAGGGUUAUGUGGGUAUUUAAAAUGAAUGAUCUAUUCUCUUGUACAGACUGAAAGCAUUUUUAAUGUAAAAAAAAAAUGAAAUGUCUAGUUGUGACACUGUUAGAUAUCAUAGAAACAGGCUGUUGAAGCUACGCCUGCAUCAUUCUGUCAUUUUAAAUUCUGUGUAUUUUUGUUACAUGAUUAUCGCUGUCCUUGUUUGAUCGACCUGGAAAUUAUCCAAACAUUCCCUGUUCUCUGCAGCACUUUCUUUGAUUUUCCAUUUGUACCUCUCUCUUAGUCUCAAAUACCAGCAGUAGGAGUAGAGGAACAAAAAAAAAUGUGAUAAAUGCAAUUGUGAAUAUUUUUGUAUUGUUGUCCUUAUUUAUUCAUAUUUGUUCAUCUCACUGUUUAAUUCCUAAUUUAUUAUAACUUGGCUAUUUAUAUGGACAAAGCUGUUAGGUCAGUUGAAUGUUAUUUACUACCCUCUUGUGUGUUGGUAAAUGGGACAUUUAAAGAAAAAAAAAGCUGAACUUUAUUUUAUUUUAUUUGUUUUUGUUUCACUUUAAACAGAAAUAUGUGAACUUUGACAAAUUUCUUUAUUUCCAGACCUCAUUGAAGAGGAAACAAGAACUUGUUGGAGCUCUGGAAAAAGAAUGGUUUUACCAGUAAUUUAAGAAUGUAGACUUAGCCUCUUUUGGAAGAGGGAACAUGCUCUUCUAUUGAUAUUUGUCAGUUUCAUAAUAUUGUGCAUUGUAUGCCAGGCCUGAGGAGGAUAAUUUGUCAGAUCGUGAUCUGCCUCUUCUCUUUGUAAAUAGACAGACAAGCUGUGGGGGUUGAUUGUCUUCUCAACCAUGCUGGGGAUUCCUGCUCUAUGCUUUUAGCUUGUAUUGCUGUGUGCAUGUCAAACAUGAGCUUUUCUUUGCAUGGCUUUAGUGUUUAAUGUUCCACGCCAAACUCACCCCUUCUAUCAGCCUUCAUUAAUUUUUCCCUCAACAGUACUGUGUUUUAAAGUUGAAAUUCCCUUCUCUCUGCUUUUAAUUCUGGCCUUUUAUUUUCUUACUCUCCUUUCAGUCCUGCUGACUUUCUUUUCCUUCCUCCAGCUUGUGCACAAAGUUUUUAAAUGAUGCUUCCUUUACUAUGUACCUCUCUGCGGAAAGCUCAGAGGUUUGGGCGUUCUCUGCCUGUCUGUUGAAGAGGCACAGGGAGGGAAUACCAGUACUACAAAAUCAAAGCAAUACCUUUUAUUCACCCUCCUCUUUGUUUACUACAAUGGGAAGCUGACAGCACUGAGGACACAUUUUGGCCUGGAUGGGUCUUUUCUUCUUUUUAUUUAUUUAUUUAUUUUUAUUUUUCCUUUUUUUUUUUUGGACAGAGCAGGAACAAAACUUACUGAUGUAAUCCCCAUUCUAAAUAACUGUGAGCAUUUUCAGUGCUGAAACAAAUAAACUCAUUCAGUUGGGG